AUGAAUGUAUGUAUGAAUGUAUGUAUGUCUAGUGUAUUAGUGGUGGAUGAUAGUUGUCCGAAAGAAUCGAAAUCAACAACAACCCAAUAUCAUCGUAGAGUGAUUAGUUAUGGAAAGUUUAGUAGAUCAUUUGAAUUGGCCGAUAACAUCGAAUUUGAAUUAAUAACAGCCAAACAUAAUGAUGGUGUUUUACAAAUCACUGUUCCAAAGAAGAAACACCUCACACCAAAACAUAUUAAAAUCACUAAAUAA